AUGAUCCGCAGCCUCACGCCUCUUCUCCGCCCGGCGGUCCGUACCAGCAUCGCAUCGACCUCAGCGUCGGCCUCGAGGUCGACACUGCCGGUCCGAGCAUACCAAACUCGCGCAGCGCCCUUGGCAGCUGUAGCGAGGCCGAACGUAGCCAGUCGAGCCUCGCCAUCCCUUCAGCCUGCCCUUUCGAAGCGCUCCUUGGCAACACAGACCACUACGCCCCACUUUGUGAUUCCAGUGAUCGACUUUUCCGCCUUUGUUCGACCCGACGCCACCGACGCAGACCGAGCGAGGACAUCACACGAGCUCACCCUAGCCUUCAAAUCAUCGGGGUUCGCCUACCUCAGCAACCAUGGCAUCUCUGCCCAGCAGAUCGACUCGACCUUCGCUAAAUCAGCUGAGUUCUUCGAGUUGCCGAUCAACAAGAAGGAUGAGCUGGCAUGGAAGGAUCCCCGUGCCAACCGAGGCUACGUCGCUGAGGGACGAGAGCGCGUUACAAACGCCACUUCAGCAGAAGAGAUUGCGGCACUUCGUGAACAGACACCCGACUACAAGGAGUCGCUCGAGAUCGGCAACGAUCACGACCCAGUGUGGAAGAACGAGUGGCCAGCAGAAGGCGAUGUGCCGCACUUCAAGGAGACGAUGCGCGCCUUCCAGACGGCUGCUCACGAGCUCCACAUGAAGGUCAUGUCGUCCAUCGCCAUUGGUCUCGGACUGAAUGCUCAAUUCUUUGCCGACAAGUGCAACGAGGAGUGGCACACGCUGCGUCUGCUCCACUACCCCAGUGUCAAGACGGACAAGCUCAAGGUGGAAGGCUCGGCGAGGGCGGGCGAGCACAGCGACUACGGCUCCAUCACGUUGCUGUUCCAGGACAGCGUGGGUGGGUUGGAGGCCAAGAAUCCGCACACGGGUGUCUACCACUCCGCGGACCCAAUCCCAGGGACCAUCGUCGUCAAUGUCGGCGACCUCUUGGCUCGAUGGUCCAACGAUCAGCUGCGCUCGACAUUGCACCGCGUCAAGGCUCCUCAGGCUGUGGAUGCCAAAGCGGAAUACACACCAACACGAUACUCGAUCGCCUUCUUUUGCAACCCUAACGAGAAUCAGCUCAUCGAAGCGCUGCCCAGCUUCGACUCUACGGAUGGCCCCAAGUACGAGCGCAUCUUGACCAAAGACUACCUCGCCAAGCGUCUGAGCGAGACCUAUGUAUGA